UUUAUUUCAGCCCCGGCGCAGCCGCAUCAUCAAACCCGGCAGCGCAGGGGGCGAGAGCUGAUGCUUGUUUAGAUGUCGACUCGGAGUGCGACUCUUUAGCGUUUAAAGCUGUUUUUUUUUUUUUUUUUUUUUUGGGAGGGAAAGAUAUUGUUGGCGCGUUUCGACAAGCAGCUCAUACAGAGAGUAGCAGCGCUGGAUGAGCUCUAGGCCGCUCGGCCUGUUUUUAGCGUUAUGUUUUGUUUCAUAUUGCGCGGGUUUCAUGCUAGCUGCUGCUUUACUGUUGAUCGCCUCACAGCCUCCACAGACGUCGUUAUUGUUCACAUCAUAUUUUAAAGCUGGAUUUCUGAUAUGUGUUCGUAAUAGUGCUGAUAUCAUUCAGAUAAUCGACUGUACACAGCUAAAUGGUUAGCCGGUAGGCUAAGUAGCCGAAUGUAGGACAUAGCCAGCUUAGCUUCCUACAGGACUCAUUGAUAACAAACAGACUAAAACAAAUGUCCUCCGAUGCCUGUUUAUGUUAGCAUGAGCCUCGUUACAGACUUUAUGAAUUAUUACACGUGUAUAUUGAUUUGCUAUGGAUCUACUGCAAACAAGCUCAUCAGCAAUGAAUUAGAUGUUUAGCAGUGUUUCAUUUCUAUGAUCUCUGGAUAUAAAGUGAUCAAUUGAAAAAUGAGCAAAUUUAAUGUAAUAUUUUUAUUGGUACUUUUGUAACUCACUUUUUAAAUUCUGCAAUCUCAGUUUCAAAUAAUGUAUGCUGAAAUAAAGUGUGUAAAAUUCAUGUAUGCAUGUAUGUGUUUGAUAUGUUUGUUUUUCUUGUUAAUGUGACUGUUUCCUCUUAGGCUAUAAUAACCAAAUAGUCUCUACAUGCACACACCCAGUUAGCCAAUGUUAACAAAAAAAUUAAUACAUUCAUUACAACUGCAAAAUGUAUUUAAAAAAUACUUUUAUGUGCCUAGUGUGCAGGUAAUUAUGCAUUUUUGCUGGUAACACAAGUAUAACAAUGUAAUACUAACUAACUAAUUAGCCUAUAUGCUAAAUCUUCAGCAAGCAUAACCUCAGUAAGCACAAGUGUUGGUGCUUCAGUACUUCUAGCACAAAUUCUUUGUUGUUUUUUUUUUUCAACCAUUAGCAAACAUCAGAAUUUAUCUUUGUUAAAAGUGAAGUAGGAUGUUAAGUAGCCUUUCAGCCAGCACACCAGCAGUGCACAGCUAAGAGAUCAGUAUGGCGCAAUUGUUAUCUCCUGAUUAGGACUGUAGAUCAUAGAAAUAUUAAUGGCGUGUAACUUACGUGGUUUUGAAACUUGCUCAUUUCUGCUGCUUAAAAAGUUGACUGAUUUUCUGUCCUUACCAUAAAGGCAAGACAUCAGCCAAACAAAUCGAUUCACAUCCUCUUCAAAACUGUCUAAAUUCUAUUGAUUAGAAUAUGUAAUUCUAGUUACAUUUACAAUUUAUUUAUUUAUAAAUUAAGUAAAAUGAACUUGCUGGUUCAUCAACAGCAGUAGUCAAAGAGGAACAGCUUUAUUCCAGCUGCUGAGGAGGUUAAGUUGGUAACUGACUCUAUAACCCUCGCGCAUCACCAUGAUACCCAACUCAGGAGAUUGGAUCAGCCUCUUUUUCUGACCUCCUUGACUUAGACCUGACGUUUCUAAAAUCCAAUUAUGCUUUGUUGUAAAUAAUUUUAUUUUAACUCCUUGGCUGAAUGUUUAUGGCAGCUGUCCUCCUGGAAGAUGAACCCCCACCCAAUAUCACUGAUUUUGCAUGAAUCAGUUCAUGUUUCCAGACCUGACAAAAGAAAUGUCUUUUGAAACAAAGUAUGCAUUGGUAAAAUGGCCUCGUGAUGCAAAAUCACGUCCUCUUGUAUUUUCUCCAGCAGUUCUGUCGAUCUAGCUGUGAAAGCUUUGGCAGCUGAUAAUGGACGAACACGCAAUGAACACGACAGAACACAUGACCACCAUCGAGGCGAGCGCCGUCAGCCAACAGGUACACGUGACCACCUUCACAGAAGCUUCGAUGAUGAGCGCAGAGGAAGACUCAACAUCCUCUCCAGACGAUGACCCCUACGAUGACACGGACAUCCUCAAUUCAGCUGGCACUGAUGAGGUCACUGCUCACCUGGCUGCUGCAGGUCCAGUAGGCAUGGCUGCGGCUGCUGCUGUAGCAACCGGCAAAAAACGAAAAAGACCUCACAUCUUUGAGUCAAACCCUUCCAUCCGUAAAAGGCAGCAAACUCGUCUGCUCAGGAAACUCCGGGCCACACUGGACGAAUACACCACCAGAGUGGGCCAGCAGGCCAUAGUGCUGUGUGUCUCCCCCUCCAAACCAAACCCGGUGUUUAAAGUUUUUGGUGCGGCUCCUCUGGAGAACGUGGUAAGGAAGUACAAAAGCAUGAUGUUGGAGGACCUGGAAAACGCGCUAGCUGAGCACGCACCUGCAGGUGGAGACCUGGCAUCAGAACUGCCGCCGCUCACCAUCGACGGCAUCCCAGUCUCUGUGGAUAAGAUGACACAGGCUCAACUGCGAGCCUUCAUUCCAGAGAUGCUCAAGUACUCGACAGGUCGAGGGAAGCCUGGCUGGGGGAAGGAGAGCUGCAAGCCCGUGUGGUGGCCUGACGACAUCCCCUGGGCAAACGUUCGCAGCGACGUCCGCACCGAGGAGCAGAAACAAAGGGUGUCGUGGACGCAGGCGUUGCGGACCAUAGUGAAGAACUGCUACAAGCAGCACGGCCGCGAGGAUCUGCUGUACGCGUUCGAGGACCAGCAGGUGACGACCGCGAGCGCCGCCCAGCACCACCUGACUGCGGCUCAGAGCAUCGCUCACCUCGUGCCCUCACAGACCGUCGUACAGACAGUCAACAAUCCCGACGGAACCGUCUCGCUCAUCCAGGUCGGCACGGGACACACGGUUGCGACUCUGGCAGAUGCAUCAGAACUUCCCGGCGUCACGGUGGCGCAGGUCAACUACUCGACUGUUACAGACGGGGAGAACUGGGCCACACUUCAGGGUGGAGAGAUGACAAUCCAAACAACUCAAGCGUCAGAGGCCACGCAGGCCGUAGCAUCGCUGGCUGAAGCCGCAGUCGCUGCCAGUCAAGAGAUCCAGCCUGGAGCCACCGUAACCAUGGCUCUCAACAGUGAGGCUGCAGCACACGCUGUAGCAACGCUGGCAGAGGCCACUCUUCAAGGAGGGGGCCAGAUCGUGCUGGCAGAGACGGCAGCUGCUGUGGGGGCUCUCGCCGGGGUCCAAGACGCUACAGGAUUGGUCCAGAUCCCAGUCAGCAUGUACCAGACUGUAGUGACCAGCCUCGCCCAGGGCAACCGGCCGGUUCAGGUAGCGAUGGCCCCCGUCGCCACACGCAUAGACAACACUGUCACACUGGACGGCCACGCAGUGGAGGUCGUGACCUUGGAGCAGUGACACUACGGACGGAGUAGAAAGCACUGAACAGCCAUCUUGGAGACUUGUUUCUCUUAUGUUUUUUUUCGAGACAACACAUUGUGUACGAUGUUGAAUAUAUUUUUAAAUGUACCACUGCAGGGGAAAGUAAAAAUGAUUAUCAAUGCAUUGUGUUUACUAUGUAAAGAUAAGGCUUUUGUUGUUCAAUUUCAUUUAUCUUCUUAUUUUUUAAGCUCUGUGAUGUUGAGUGUCGAGUAUUUAUUUCUGUAAAAUUAACCCUCACUUUGAACCAAAAAAAAAAAAAAAAAAACCCGGAAGGAAAGCCACCACAAUAUCAUUGCGACAUAUUUUGGGCUUGAUGUGUACGUACUAUGUAAUGCUAGUGGAUUAUUUUUAUUUGUUCAAAAUAUGGUGCCACGAUCAGCAGUCACUCCCUUAGGUACCUCUCGUUCCCCGUCGCUGCUCCGCACACUCCCGUAUCAUUUUCUCUCAUUAGAGGGGAAAACUAAAUUAAAUUGCCUUGUCUUGUCAUGUGCUUGUUUCCGUUUUUCUUUUAUCGCACCCAAACAUGCGAAGAUCGGCAGUCUCAGGAUAUUACAUUAUGCCGUUGUUUACUGCUGCGUUACUAAACCCGUCUUGUUUUUUUAAUUAUUAUUAUUAUUUAUAGUGCAUGAACUUGGAGGGGCACCCCUUAGUAUUUUAUUUUUAACAUGGAUCAUUUGAAUCUUGAUCAGUGCCCCUUCGCUCAUUGCUGGAAGUCAAAUUUGGAUUAAAUGUCACAACAUUUGUAAUGGAGAUGAACAUUUUGAGCCGCAAAAUAAAUUAAAUGUGUCUCCAAAGUGGAAGUCUGAAACAGCUGUAACUUUUACUUUAAACUCCACCAUGCUUGUGUAUUAAGAGACUCCAGUGAGAUGUAUCUUCCUGACACAAGUUGUGUGUUAAUUUAUUAAUAUUAAAUAACUAGAGUGACAAUGCAGCUCUUCACAAUUUGAAAUAUUUGGGAUUUAUUUAGUAUUUUGUCUGUCUCUUUGGAGGGUUUUCAGCGUGAACAUAAGAAUCCAGACUUUUGCUCGACCACUUCAGAGCUUGUAAAUGUUUUCUUUUUCAUUAAAGAAAGGUGGUAGAGCGUGAAGCAGACCCAGACAAACACUCUCCCACCACAUUUUUGUAUGUCGUUUCUCUAAAGAGCAAUUACAUUUACACCCAACAUAACAGGAAGCUCUUUCGAUCACUAAGUAAAGGAGCUUUUAAACUGGACAUUGAAGGUUUUUUUUUUUGUUUAAAGGGAAAGUAAGACUGAAAUUAAGGGCAGGGCUCCUGGGAAUGUCUUUGGCAGGUGGAAGAGAACACGGAUAUGGUUGGCUAACCUGGCCUUGCUUUGAAUGAGACCUUCUGGAAGCAGCUUCUCAUCUGGUCUGUUCAACAGCGCCAUUCAGAGCCCAACUGGACAAUGGGCCCAGUCUGAGGUUCCUAAUUUUGUUCUAUUAAAAAGGUGAAAAAUC